CGGACUGACACCAUUUCUCACUCUUUUUUUUUUUAGGGGGGGGGGACUCUUUCUAAGACCAUGGAGGUGGACCGGGCACUCUUAGCUGUCCUGUCCGUGUUUGUCGCUCUGUUCUCGGACAGCUUCGUGUCCGCCUUCUCUCAGUCUCUGGACAGCGACUCCGUUCACUCUGCCGCCGGUCGUAAGGAGUGUUUCUACCAGACCAUAGGAAGAUGCCUCCCUAGGAUUGAGUAUCAGGUGUUAGAUGGUUCCGGCCUCGAUGUAGAUUUCACGAUCUUCUCUCCUUCUGGCCAUGUGCUGUUCAGUGACCACCGCAAGUCAGACGGAGUGCACACUGUUGAAACUGAAGAUGGAGACUACAUGUUCUGCUUCGACAACACGUUCAGUUCGGUCUCCGAGAAGCUCAUCUUCUUCGAGUUGAUCCUGGACAACAUGGAGACGGAGAAAGAUCCGGACGACUGGAAGGAGUACGUCCAUGGGAUAGACACGUUGGACAUGAAGCUGGAAGACAUUAUGGACACCAUCAACAACGUGAAGAGUCGGCUGGGUAAGAGUCUGCAGAUCCAGACGCUGCUGCGGGCGUACGAGGCUCGCGACAGAAACAUCCAGGAGAGUAACUUUGAUAGGGUGAACUUUUGGUCGGUGGUAAAUCUCUUUGUUAUGAUGGUGGUGUCUGCGGUUCAGGUCUACCUAGUCCGCUCGCUGUUUGAAGACAAAAGGAAAGUUCGUACAUAACGCCACCCCACGUGGAGGGACAGGGAGAGCGAAACACACUUACCCUCAGAUACCUUCAGGGUUUUUCUCACCAGAUCUCCUGGCUUGUGACUUUUAACAUGUUCUAUACACACACACAUACACAAACAAAAAUAAAAAGUCACCAUUGUUGUUGCUUUGGUC